GCAGCUGCUGCUCCUUGCUGGAAAGCUGAUCGCCGCCCAGAGCCCGGCUUUGGAUCCUCAGCAGCAGCUGAGCAGCUAGGGGGUCCCGAGUAUGCACCAGCUGAAGCUUGUGCAGGCUCCGUGCUUGCGGGUCCUCCUCCUUCUCCUCUGGUGCCCACGUGCCCGCAGUCCUUAAAACAGCUGCUGGGAUGAUGGAGCAGAAAUGACAGGUUCCAGAUCCCGACUAGCCAAACGGGUCAGGCAGGGAGCGGCACAGAGAAGGGGUGUCGCGCCCGGAGUAAAGCGGCUCUCGUGGAGCACUCAUGGUCAUGUUUUCUCAUGUCCACAUUUCCUCACUUCUUGGGACUCUGGGGUCCCCUGCUCAGGACCUGCGGAAGACGGUUACAACAUUGGCUAGGCUGGUGCACUGCUUCCACGGCCGUCGCAGAUAUGGCCAGUACACCAUGAACCAAGAAAGCUCCACCAAAGUUAAAGAGAGGCUUCCAUUUGAUCGAUCGGGUUCCCAGGACUCUUUGGAUGAAGUAUUGUCCAUGGAAGACUAUUGGACGGAACUAGAAAAUAUCAAGAAGUCUCAUGAAAAUCGCCAGGAAGGUCAAGAGGCCGUUGUUGUCAAAGAACCUGAUGAGGGAGAACUGGAAGAAGAGUGGCUCAAGGAGGCUGGGUUGUCCAAUCUCUUUGGAGAGUCUGCCGAUGACCCCCAGGAUAGCAUCGCGUUUUUAGCCACGCUUACCCGGACUCAGGCGGCAGCUGUUCAGAAGCGGGUAGAAACGGUCUCCCAGACCUUGAGGAAGAAAAACAAACAGCACCACAUUCCUGACGUCAGAGACAUAUUUGCUCAACAGAGAGAAGCACGAGAAAAAUCUCCAGAUGGCUCAGAAUCGCAGUCAAUCGGAACAAACGAAAACAAAAGCCAAGGAAAAGAGGACCAAACAUCUAGUGUGGCUGUUGAGAACAAGGAGCUGAUCCCAAGGGUACCAGAGGACGCACCUGCCUCUGAAACAGACAUCAACUUGGAGGUGUCAUUUGCGGAGCAAGCUGUCAAUCAGAAAGAACUCAACAAGGAGAGGAUGCCCAAGAUCCGAGGCAAUGAUGCCUCAUUGCCUAGUUUCAGACUGCCAAAAGAUAAAACUGGUACUACAAAGAUUGGGGAUUUGGCCCCCCAAGACAUGAAGAAAGUUUGCCAUCUAGCCCUGAUUGAACUCACUGCCCUCUAUGAUGUAUUAGGUGUGGAACUCAAACAACAGAAAGCUGUGAAAAUCAAAACAAAAGACUCUGGUCUUUUUGGUGUUCCAUUAACCACAUUAUUAGAACAAGAUCAAAGGAAAGUGCCAGGAACUCGAAUACCCUUGAUCUUUCAAAAUCUGAUUUCUCGAAUUGAAGAAGGCGGUCUGGAAACUGAGGGCCUCCUACGCAUACCGGGAGCUGCCAUGAGAAUCAAGAAUCUUUGCCAAGAACUAGAAAUGAAGUUUUAUGAAGGGACUUUCAACUGGGAGAGUGUCAAGCAACAUGACGCUGCCAGCCUGCUAAAGCUCUUUCUCAGAGAGCUGCCCCAGCCGCUGCUGAGUGUGGAGUACCUCAAAGCCUUCCAGGCUGUCCAGAAUCUUCCAACCAAAAAGGAACAAUUGCAGGCUUUGAACCUCCUUGUCAUCCUUCUGCCUGAUGCAAACAGAGACACACUGAAGGCCUUGCUAGAAUUUCUCCAAAGAAUCAUUGACAAUAAAGAGAAGAAUAAAAUGACGGUUGUAAAUGUAGCAAUGGUCAUGGCCCCGAACCUCUUCAUGUGCCAUACUCUGGGUUUGAAGUCCAGUGAACAGCGAGAAUUUGAAAUGGCAGCUGGGACGGCAAGUGUCAUGCACUUAUUGAUUAAGUACCAGAAACUUCUAUGGACAAUUCCAAAGUUUAUUGUAAAUCAAGUGAGGAAGCAAAAUACUGAAAAUCAGAAAAAGGAAAGGAGAGCCAUGAAGAAAUUGCUGAAGAAAAUGGCUUAUGACCGAGAAAAACAUGAAAAGCAAGAGAAAGCUGCAAAUGAUGCUGACGUUCCUCAGGGAGUGAUUCGAGUGCAAGCUCCCCAUCUUUCAAAAGUUUCCAUGGCAAUACAGCUAACUGAAGAGCUAAAAGCCAGCGACGUGCUUGCCAGGUUUCUCAGCCAAGAAAGUGGGGUUGCCCAGACACUCAAGAAGGGGGAAAUUUUUCUGUAUGAAAUUGGAGGAAAUAUUGGGGAACGCUGCCUGGAUGACGAUACAUACAUGAAGGACUUGUACCAACUGAACCCGAAUGCUGAGUGGGUCAUCAAAUCCAAGCGACGGUAGAAGACUAGCCAGAGGACUAACGUCAUCAUUCUUGCUGGGUCAAGAGUGUUAAUAAAAGUAGCAAGAAUCUUAAUUAUUCAGCUGUACCCAAUUAUAUUACAAAGUGACAUCUCCAGGUUUUCAAAUUACAGAUUUUUGUGACUUCCACAAUUGUUAAUUAUUAUUAUUAUUAAGAAAACAAUUAUUUUUGGAGUAAGAGAAAAGCAGCUUAAUUAGCUUGUGAGCUAUUGAUACAUACCUUAAAAUAUGUUCAGAUGGGAAAGCUGUUUGGUAUUUUUUUUUUAUAUGAAGUAAAUUCUCUACCCCUCCCCCCCCGCCGCCUUUUGGUACUGGGGAUUGAUCCAUAACUUUGCUUAUGACAUCUAGUGAUAUCCCCAGCAGAUUAAAUAAUCUUUACUAAUAGA